CAUACAACAGUGUUCCGAUGUGUAAUCGAUUUGUUUCUUUCGGAGCAGCUUCCAGCUUUUAGCCAAGUGAAAUGAUUAAGAAUUUUUUUUGUUGUGAUGAAUUUUUGAGGUAAUAUUAUAUAUAUAAUUAUUGAUAAUGGCCGAUAAUUCAGUUGAAGAACAGAGAGAGGAGCUUGUAGCUCUUCAGGCGAUUUUGGAUGAAGGGAGUAUUUUCAUCACAAAUGAGGACCCAGAUGCUGGUCCCUUGUCGUUCAAGGUCAAGGUUCCGGUACAGUUGACCCAUGACACAAUUGAGGUUGAAGUGUGGUUGCCAAACCAGGUCAACUGUAAUGUUGCAAAAUCUGCUGCUGCCACCUACAAGCCAGAGUUUGCACGCCCUGACUUUACGCGCUCAACCUCAGGUCAAAGGUGGCACUCAAAAUUUACCGUGUCUAAUUUGACCCCAAUUGAAAUCAACUUGAGCCUCCCAGCUACCUAUCCAGCAGAGGCCCCACCCACUUUCAAGUUAUCUUGUCCGUGGUUGGCUGGGCAGCAGCUGUCAGUCAUCUGUCGUCAACUUGAUAAGUUGUGGGAGGAGUAUGAGGGAAUGCCUGUUGUUUACAGUUGGAUUGACUGGAUACAGCAUCAUCUUCUAAGUUUUCUUGGAAUCACAAGCUGUGUUAUGAUUGGUCGAUAUUCCACCAAUGAUGACGGCCUUGAUGAAAGAGUGUCAACUGAGGUCAAUGACUACAUGGAAGACAUGAUUAAUAUGUUGAGGUAUGACUGUCAGUGUGAAUUGAAGCAAUUUCUUCAAGAGACCCAUGAAUGUGGAGUUUGCAUCGAGAGCAAACCCGGUGAAGAAUUCUAUCGUUUGAAUGCUUGUUUGCAUCAUUUCUGUUACGAUUGUUUCAAUGCUUAUUGCGAGUUGCACGUUGCUGCAGGGACUGUCCAGUCUUUGACUUGUCCUAAUCAUGAAUGCAAAACACCGCUGCCACCUGCACUGCUACGUCAGGUCCUUGGAGAUGAAAAAUAUCAGAGAUGGGAGCGACUUAUGCUGCAGAAAACUUUGGACAGUAUAGAAGAUGUUGAUUGGUGUGUCCGCUGCCAGAUGCCUGCUACGAAAGAAACACAAGGCGGAGCCAAUGCUAAGGAGUCAUUCUUUGCACACUGUACUUACUGUUUUUAUUCUUACUGUACGAAAUGCAAAGAUCCCUGGCAUGCUGGAACAGAGUGUAAAACUACAGUAGAAAAAUUACAAGAAUUGGAGGAGGCAAAUAAUUUACCGCGCGAGGAGCUGUAUUUAAAGAGGUUACGACUAGCUCAAGAUUUAGAAUCUCAAGAAGAAAUAAAAAAAAUAUCUAGAAACUGUCCCGGUUGUGGUGUACCAAUUCAGAAAAAUAUGGGGUGCAACCACAUGAGGUGCUCACAGUGCAAUAUUGGAUUUUGUUGGCGUUGCGGGAAAACAAUUUUUAGUUAUGAUCAUUUCUCGGAUGGAAAUUGUAUUCUGUUUCCUGGACAAGAGGAAGGAGAGUACCUUCUACCACAGCUGCGAAGGCAGAGAGAGGAGUUACCUGGGGCAGUAGCAGUCCGAGAUGCGCUUCGAAAUCCAGACAACAUCCCUUUGAUAAAACGCUGCCCAACGUGUGGCCAACAAAACCUAAAACAAGAAGGGAACAACCAUCUAGUGUGCUGGUCGUGUAGGAGUCAUUUUUGUUUUCAGUGUUUAAAAAGGAUUCAGGGCAAAAUAAUGGACCACUUCAAGCCACCAAGUCCAUGCAAACAGCAUUCUAAUUAACCUCUGUAUAAUGUACUUAGUCAAGAUGAGUUUUAAAAUGUAAAGAUAUAUAAUAAAUAUACAGUAAUAAAUGGUUGUAUUAUAAACACAUAUAUACAUAUAUUACUGUAUUUAAAAUAAAAAUCAUAGAACUUUAAUUGCAAAUACAGUAAUAAAUUUAUUAUAACACAACAAAGUACAUCAUAAUAAGGGGACACCUUCAGGACCAAAUAAAGUAUCCUCUUAAUAGAAGUGUCACCUGAAUAUGGGUUGGCCAUUUUGUUAUACUUUCCUUCUUUUCAUGGCCAAAAAAGUGUCUCCCUAAUAGGGGGUGUCCCAAAGUAGGUGUUCUACUGUAUAUUGUUUUAUUCAUAAUAUAAUAAAUAUAGUAACAUAUUACAAACGUUUUUGGAAAUUAGCUGACAAAGAAGAAAAUAAAACAAUGUCAGUUACAGGUAUCCUUCCAAUUUAAGCCCCUUCCAAUUAAGUACCACCUCCAAUUAAAUACCAAAUAUCUGUGGCCCUGGUUGAAUGCCUACUGUAUCUAUCAUUAGCUCUUCCCUGAAAUUAUAGAUUCUCUGUAUUAGAGACCAUGGUUUUGGCAGACCCAACUGAAGAUCUUACCCCAAUUAAAUACCACUAUAAAAUAUAUAGUGAUAUUAAUGUUUUUAAGUUUUUCUAUAAUAAAUUGUGUUAUAUAUGACAUGCACAUAGAAAUAGUUGUGCCCUUUUGUGUACAUUGUCCUGUUUACAGUAUAUUGAAUAACAAUAAUUUUAGUGACAAUGUUUAGUAAUAUGAGAAGACAAGUUAAUAUCUGGCUGCCAUGAACCCUGUACAUCAAUUUUAAAACAUUUAAUGAAUUAUAUUUUUUUUAGUUUUCCUCUAAAUAGAGAAAUCGAAAGACCACAUUCAGUGCCCAGGAGUCCCAAGUCUCCCAGAGUAGAGUGUCCUGGAAAUCGGCAGGGGGACUCAGGCACUGUUGUAAAUUAGCAGGAAUCUCCCCAAUUUAAUCCAUUUCCCGCAGAUUCAUGAUGAUAUUUGCAUGCUUUUACAAGUUGUUACUACUGUAUUAUUAAUUGUCUCUGCAGCAGUUAUUGCCAAUCUUAAUGGUUAUAGACAUGCACAGCAAAAUAUAUUUAGAUGUCUUAAGGAAACUCAUUUAAACUUGGGACCCCUGUUGUGUGUUGGUCUUUAUUGUAAGAAUUAGACACCAGAGACCAUGGUUUCGGCAGACCAAACUGGAAAACUGGAAAUGUUCUAAUAAUUUUUGUGUUUUAGGGCAGACAUCAAAGUAAUAAUACAUCAAAAGCCAAUGUUUUGUGUAUACAGUGCCCUGUAUUUAAUAUCAACUUGGUGUUAGUAGGAUAUUGAAGUUUGUAUUUUUCUAAUAAAAUGGAUAUUUGGGCAAGGUGA